AUGGACAGCCAUGAAAGCUGCCAAAGCAGAUUCGGCCCACACGUCGAUGCCGUCUUCAAAGUGGAGAAUCGCAUGCUUUUCCUGGAAAUGGAAUGCCCAGCCGGAAACUCAGAAAGGUGUUGCUGCUGUGCUGUUGGCCAAUCAGCUAUUUGGGAGUGA